AUGGCUGCACCUCCAACAAAGCAGUGGGGAGUCACCCCCCCAAUUUCAACAGUUCUACCAACCCAAUCGGAGCUUACGGAGAACGACAAUCUGAUCGCGGAGCUCAAGCAACAAAACAAUUUCGAGGCGCCAGCUGAAACGGAAAGAAGAAAGCAAUCCCUACAUCUUAUCCAACGCGUCACAAUCGAGUUCGUCAGGGUUGUUGGUCGCAAAAAAGGGUUAUCACAAGCCGCAAUUGAUGUUGCUGGAGGGAAAAUAUUUACAUUUGGCAGUUAUAGGCUCGGUGUAUACGGACCAGGUUCUGAUAUUGACACAUUAGUUGUCGGCCCAAAACAUGUGGCGAUAGAAGAUUUUUUUGCAGAUUUCCCCCCGAUUCUAGAGCAAAUGGCACCCAAAGGUUCGAUAGAAAAGCUAACACCUGUCCCGGACGCCUUCGUCCCAAUUAUCAAGUUAGAGCUUUCCGGCAUUAGCAUCGAUCUCAUAUUCGCACGCCUCGUGGUGCACUCAGUUCCUUUGGGCCUUGACUUGAAAAAUAAAGAGUUGCUCCGCGGCCUGGAUGAGCGAGAAAUACGCUGUGUUAAUGGUACUCGUGUAACAGACGAAAUUCUUGAACUCGUUCCUCAACAGAAGACCUUUCGCCUUGCUUUGAGAGCUAUUAAACUUUGGGCGCAAAGUGGCGUUGCAUGGGCCAUGUUGGUUGCACGUGUAUGUCAAUUGUAUCCCCAGGCCACCGGCUCAGUUGUUGUCGGGAAAUUUUUUCGUAUCAUGAAUCAAUGGGGUUGGCCACAACCUGUGUUAUUGAAACCAAUCGAAGACGGACCGCUCCACAUGAAAAUCUGGAACCCGAAGAUCUACCACGGAGAUAGAUUCCAUCUCAUGCCAAUCAUCACUCCCGCCUACCCGUCGAUGUGCGCGACACAUAACAUCUCAUUAUCUACCAAAGCGGUUAUCCUCCGCGAACUCAAGCGUGGUGGUGAUAUUGUUGAUAAGAUCUUCUUAGGUCAGCACCGGUGGAAUGAUUUGUUCGGCAAGCAUACUUUCUUUUCAAAAGACUAUAAAUAUUACCUUAGCAUAACCGCAUCGAGUUCGACAAAAGAAGCAGAGUCUGUCUGGUCAGGCCUAGUGGAAUCAAAGCUUCGACACCUAGUCCUUGCUCUGGACAGAAAAUCGUCAUUUGAGAUCGCGCAUCCAUUUCCAAAGGGGUUCGAAAGAGUACAUAACUGUAAGGAUGAAAAGGAAGCUGAAAUCGUGAAGAGUGGCUCGACUCAGUUCCAAGUAAAAGGCAUCAAAACAGCAACGACUGAUGAGACUAACGACCCUGUACAUGUGGCUGCUACCGAAAAUGAAAGAGGUGCAAUUCACAUGCCAGAAACUGGAGCAGUCAGUAGUAGCACUAUCUACACUACUACAUACUACAUUGGGCUUGAGCUAAAGCCGCUAGCACCAGGUAUGCCAUUUUCAUCCUUCAACGUGAUAAGCUGA